AUGGACAUGUCGAACCCACCGAGUAACCCAUUGGACGAUUCGAACGCACGUCAUCGGCACCUAGGAGAUUGGCUUGUCGAUGGUUCUUUGUAUUUAAGGCGUAAAAUAUGUCACACGGAUUGGACGUCUCCUCAACAAGCUCCCUCGACAUCCUCUGUUGACCAGGACAGCUUGGAGUUAAAGGAAGUCCUCUAUAAUCGAAUACAUUCGUACAUCCUGCCCCUCUUACACCAUCAACUCACCACUCUCUCACUAUUGCUGGAUGGCUUGCCGACAGAACCCGAGUCAGUGAUGAAGCAAAUGCUGCAGAUCCAACCAGAAAUCGAUUACAAUCUAACUCAAAUGAAAGCUGCCAUUGACGUCAUCUGUCCGGAUUCCCUGUCUUACCAAGCCGACGACCAACAACUUAAACAAUUCAAGAUUUAUAGGCUCGUCGAACUCCGAAAGAUGUUGCGCCAACUUGAAACUCCGUACACCUGUUCUGUCUUGAACGCGGCCUCUGAGCAUAUUGACGCAAUGGGGUUCUCUACAACGAGUAGGUUUGAAAAUGGGGAGGCCUAUACUUACCGCCACGCCACCCUACAUACAUUAGAUUGGAUCGGGCGCACUGUCACACACUUGACAGGAUCCGAAUUGGACGUUGCGGGAAAUACUUGGAGAGAUUCGAUGCUCUCGAUCGAUCAGGAACUAGACAACAUCGUCAACAUGUUCAAAUCAACUCCUCACUCACCGGAUCAUAGGGGGACACACAGGAGGAAUUUAGUUGCCAGCUGUAUCAGCUUACUUUUGGAUUUCUUCUCCGAAGCCGAUGCGACUGACGGAGCGCCGGCAAACCCUGCCAAUAGCGAAAAUAUCAUUGUGAUAGUUGAAACUGUGGCUACUUCUUUCGUAACUCCAAUGGAUCUUGUGGUGGAUUAUCUCGUUCCCUUGGUACCGGAAACCGGUGGUCUUCCAAAUCAAAAUUACUACAAGGACUGGCUUGUUACGUGGGACACUCAACUUCUUUUAGCCAUUCACAACUGUAUUCAAUGUGCCGCAAACAUCUAA